UGACGGCCCCGCCCACUGGUCCGUCUUCUCAUUUUGUCCGGGUUGUGAAGUUUUUAGUUCCUAGAGCCUGGACUUUCAGCUGGCUCAACGAAGUUAUACAUUUUUUUCAUCUUUUGGUCUUUGCAAGGACUUUAAUUUAUCACUAAAUUAUGGCUGCGAACACAGGCACCUCUCUAGUGCUGUCCAGUCUGCUGUCAGUGCUGGUGUUUGCUGGGAUGCAGAUGUUCAGCAAGCAGCUGGGAUCUACUGAGUGGCUCACCAUCCUGGGAGGUUUCCUUGGCUCUGUCCUCUUCAUCUGCUCCCUCACUGCAUUUAAUAAUCUGGAAAACCUGAUUUUUGGGAAAGGAUUCCAAGCCAAGAUAUUCCCAGAGAUCCUGUUGUGCCUGUGCCUGUCACUGUUUGCCUCUGGUCUGGUGCACCGUGUCUGUGUCACCACAUGCUUGAUAUUCUCCCUCUUCGCUCUGUACUACAUCAACAAAAUAUCUGCUGCUCUCUACCAAGCAGCUGCUCCUGCAGUGACACCAGCCAAGGCUGCCAGCAAGGGCAAAAGGAAGAACUGAUGUACAGGUUCAGUUCACUGCAUUCAUUGAACCCAGGUGCUCAUGACCACUGAACACAGCACUUGCAUAUUUUGCAGUCAUUUCUUUAAAACAAAACUCCUAGGCUUUUUAAACAUGGUUUGGGAAUAUCACUUAAAAAGGGUAAAUCAGUUUAGUUUCUACAAGCUCAAAGUAAUAAUGUGAUUUUGUUUUAUUUUAUUUUUUUACAAAUUUGAAUCAUGGAGAAAUGGCCCUGGUAUUAGACAUUCCACUGAUGACCUUUCUCUCUGCACUGUAUUUUCACUACUGGCUGCAAAGAGACUCAAACAUCCAGUCAUUUUAUUGUAUUUUCAUCAGUGUGUCAAGUGACUUUUUGUUUAAUUCAUUUUUGUAAUUAAACUCUGUAAAAGAC